AUGCCAGCUUUACACAAGCUCUUCCACAGCUCAGGCACAGAUCCACCAGUGCCAAACCAAUGUGGAUAUAUCCAGCUCUCGACAAUCUUCUGUCUCCGACCAACAACCACACCCUCACUGAAGACCAUCAACACAAACCAUACACAAUCGCUCAGCAACAUCUUGGAUAUUACCCCCCCCAACAAACACCCACUUGACAGGGCAGCCUUGGGCCGCGGACUUGGCUGGAUACGCAACUUCCAGACACUGGGGGGGGUGGGACAAGGGAGCUGGCGUUGGAUUCGGGGUGGGGUGAAGGUCUGGAGUGCCGGGCACAGGGAGGGAGUGGAGGGGCUAUGUGGUGGUUGGUGCGACUUUGGAACAGUCGCAGGCUGUGGAUCCGGGCUGGAUAGAGUAGGCAGAUUAGAAAUAUACGGUAUUAUGUUUGGAUUUCUGCGUUUCUUGAUGACCACCAUGAUCUUGCCGCCACGGCUUCACCGAGAAUACCGUAUGGAUACGGAUCUGGCCACCAUAACGGCGUCCACACAGAAUUACGGCAGCAUUGCCGUCGCCAUACUGUGUAUUACCUCCAAAAUCUGUCGCGCCGGCGAUACUGCCCAGAUCAAGGGCACGGUCGCCGCUCACGGGCGGUGCAAUACACCGUCGGUAUUAGAGCGGCGAUUGUACCGUCGCUCCAGUGCGACAGUCGCGCCGGCCAGUACGGUAGCAAUACGGUAUGGCCACCGUACUGGAUUUGGCCUGUGCGCUGGUAAGGAUAGACAAUCCCUCGCCAUCUUGGCAGCCCACGAACGCUGGAUCCCCAACUUCUACACCAUGCGCGACCAGGGCCCCCUCUCCACAAUCCCCUACCUCCCCCGCAUCAUCAUCGGCCAAAUCGUUUAUGGUAAGAUAACACGCACCCUGCACGGGCAGGGCACCGGACGGUACUCGCCUGCUGAGAUCACGACGUUGAAGCUGGAGACUUGGACGGCGCUUGACGUGCUGGUGGCGGAGGGAUGGGUGCUGGGCGGUGGGGCCGACGGAUGCAGAUGAGUGUUUGUUUGGGUUUUUGUGCGUCGGUGCUGACUGCGCUUUCGAAUGAGACGAGGGCGAUAGUGCUGGGGCUCCCGAAUAUUCGGGCCUAUGCGGAGCGAGUGCAUGAGGAGUACUUUUCUGGUUAUAAAAAAUGGGAUUGGACGGUCUUGUGUGUGGACUGCGGGUAGUACUCCCAUUACCUGAGAGACUUUGGGUGGGGGAAAUGGGCGCACAGUACUAGGUGCGAGAUGAAUGAAUUUGUAACAACAAAUUUGUCGUGCUAUCCUCCUAUAUUACUAUGUAGUAGUAUCAAAGAGAGGACCAAGAAAAGUAA